UUUUAAUUUUGAAACGUGUGGUAUAUAAAUAUAAAAUUAUAAAUAACUCUUGUGUGAUAAAAGCAUAGAAAUUAGAGUACGUUAGGGUUUAUAGAUCUGCUUUAUUCAACCAUGCCCGCCUCCAUUCUUCUCCGAUCUCGGGUUUAGAAGGAAUCAAAGUGAACUCUAGACUCUCUUUGUUAGAGGAUAUCAUUGUGUGUUUUGGUGGCAAGCAUGUCAUCAAGUAAGAAAGAAGAAGCAGGUGGUCAGGAUGCUGCUGAAAGAAUCAAGGCUGCGGCUUUGUCAGCUGCGAAAGGGCUAAGUCGUGCUCAGGCUGAGCGUGCUGCAGAGGCUGCAGCUCGGAAUGUAAAUGCUUAUGGACAGAAGGAAGAGGGGCCUAGUAGAUGGCAGGAAAGGAAAGAGGCAAAGAGGCAGAUGUAUCUCAUGAGUACUGAGAAGCAAGUUAGAUUAGGUGAAAGGAAGGACGUUAAGAAUUCAAUGUCUACCGUCUCUGGGGCUGGUUCAUGUCAGAAGUGUUUCGAAAUUGGUCAUUGGACUUAUGAGUGCAAAAAUGAAAGAGUUUACAUCUCACGACCUUCCCGAACCCAACAACUUAAAAAUCCAAAAUUGCGAAUGAAGCCUGUCUCUUACGAUCUGGAUAACCCAGAUAUUGUGAAUGAGGUAGAACCUGAAAAGAAUUCUAAGAAAACCAAAACCAAAACCGUAAGAAAGAGUAAAAGGAAGCAUAAGUCAGAUACUGAAUCGGGUACAGAUAGCGAUGCUUCGGUGUUUGAAUCUGGGUCAUCAUCGGAUGCUGGGUCUGAUAGGUCUUCUGAAGAGAGUGAAUCGAGCUACAGUUCAUCCAGUGAUUCAGAGGAAGAGAGGAGGAGGAGAAGCAAGAAAAACAAGAAGAAGAAGCAACAGCAGCAGAGGAAAAGGAGACACAGAAAGCAUAGUUCAACUUCUGAGUCAUCUGAUUCGGAUUCUGAUUCUGAAUCAGACUCAGAUUCUGAGGAUCGGAGUCGUCGAAAGAAGAGAAGUAGCAAAAAGCAUUAAAAAAGGAUACCAGUUACAGGAAUUUGCUUUGGGCAAAUUUCCUGGAUUAAGAUGUUUAUUUGCUUUUGGUAUUCUUAUUGGUGCUAUUAGUAAUCUGUAGUGGCCUAGUGGGGGAACCUUGUUUAGUGGGGACAUUGGUGGUAAGGAAACAGCCUACAAAUUAUACUUUGCAAUGUGACCUUUUGCUGUUCUACUUCUCUGGAAUAGAAGAGAACUCAGAUAAGUUAUGUGAGAUGUUUUCGGUGGAACUUCAGAGGACUUGAGAAUUGAACUACCCAAGUGUACUUGGGUAUAUUUGUUGCUUGUAAUAUCCAUAAAUUUUCGGUGCAAACACUUUGCCAAUCUCCGUUACUGCUAUAUUAUUUUUUAAACUUUAAAAUUUUCUGGAUUUCA